AGUUUGCUGAUGAGGAGGACUAGUUCCAGAGGCCCCUGGGAGAUGGUGAAGAGUGUUAGAGGGUGGAUGACCUUGGGGUUACUCUGUAGGUUGUGACUCCACAUCCAGCCCUGGGUGACCCUGGGUGCUCAGACUCAACAUUACGAACCACAGACCCAUCUCCUUCCCACCAAAUCUGCUUCUGACUUCCCAGUCUUGAGGGUGCGGCCACCAGUCUCCUGUUCACUGGUGACUGGCAGCCUGAGAUGUGACAGACUGCUCCCCUCUCCUCCUCUGAUACAGACGACUGGGCCCAAACAGACAAGAGUGGAAGGGCUCCCAAAUCAAGUCCCUCCGGCUCUACUGCUGCACAUCUUCCCCAUCUUUCCUGCCCCUCCUCCAGGAGUUUACCUCCAUCCCCUCACCCCACCCCACCCCACAGAUUCCUUCUCUGCACGCUCUCCCUACUGGUAGGGAGCUCCUAGUCCAAUGAGGAAACGGGACAUGAGUCUGGAAGGGACGACCAGUAGACUGGGGAGGCUGGAAUCCCCGGGGCAGCAGUGUGGCCUUGCUUUGGGAAUCAGGAAUGAAAGUCUAGCUGGGCUGGCGGGGGCAGGGGUGAGUGCUAUGCCUGCCUGCCUCAGUCCUCACUUCCUUGCAUCAUGUCCCCUGGGACGGAUGCCUUCUGAGCUCUGCUUGCCACCCCCCCCCCACGAUGUCCCUUCCUUUCUUCUCUGCCUGAGCCCCAGACACCCGCAGAGUGAGCUGCUAACUCUGGGCGGCCGUGGGCUGUUCAGUCGUUCUCCCUGUGACCUAUGAGCCAUGUUAAGGGCGUUGGUGAUUAUCCUUCAAGCCACAGGCAACCCCAUCCAGAACUGGUGCGGGUCAGAUUAGGGUGCUGGUGGGGUGUCUGAUGAGUGGGAUGGGGAAGGAGGACGUGAAGGAGGUGCGAUCAGAGCCUGGUCACCUGCCCACCUGCAGUCUUGGGCUCCUCUUCAGGCUAGUUUCUGCCAAAGCCCCUUCUUCUGCAUGGCCUGAGGAACAGGGGACUUUGUCCAUAUAGGGGAUAAGUCCAGAUGGCAGUAAGAACUGGCUGGGAGGAGGUUGGGUUCUGUCAACACCUGGGACCAUGGCUCCUGCCCCGUUGGGGAACAGGCGUGGGAGUGUGCUCUGGCUGUGUAGCUGACAAACACGAAGGCAGCGCUCCUGAGGAAGCAGAUGGCGCCUCCGCACGACGCCUGUGGCGGCUUGGCUGUCUUACUCGCUGGUGGUGCAGCAGGCUCCAGCCCUGAGCAAUGAUCCCAGGGCGCAGAAGUGCGGAGAGGGGGCGCUGCAGCAGAUGGCAGCCCUGGCACAACGUCUCCGGCAGCAGAGCUGCUCAGGCACUGAAAGUGCACCAGGAGGUGAACUGCCUGACAGAUGUCCUGGGGGAAUGUGAGGAACAACGGCAGGCAUUGAAGAAGGUGAAGAAGAGAGAGCGAGGCCUUCUCUGCGGGGUCCCCACCAGCCUCAAGGCUACCUAUGACUGCGUGUAAGGGGGACAUUGUGGACCCCAACAUGAAGGACAUGGUCAGCCAGCUCCGCCUGCCAGACCCACUCAACUGUUUCUUGGCCCGGAUCCUGAAGUACACAGUGAGUGUGGACCCAGAGCGGGAGGG